UAGGUUUGUCAGUCUCCAAAUACUAGGAUCGUAUUUCAAUUUCACAAAAAAAUACAUUCAGUUACAUUGUGAAUCACAAAACAUUGCUUGUGAAAAUUCUCCAAUUACUAUUGUGUCUUUUGGAAAUAAAUUGCAAUAGAAAUGACUGACACUAUAAUCUGAAGUUAUCAGACUCCAAAUACUAAAAUUACAUUUCGAUGUCACAAAAAAUUACACAGUUACAUUGUGAACUCCAAAAUAUUGCUUGUGACAAUUCUCCAUUUUCUCGUUGAGUGAAAUAUUGUUAAUAUAAAAGUGUAAAUGGGGUUGCCAUUUUACAAAUACUAAUAUUUCAUUUCACUAUCACAAAGAAAUACACAAAGUUACAUUGUGGACCACAAAACAUUGUUUGUGAAAAUUCUACAUUGCCUAGCUCUGUGAAAGAUUGUUAAAAUUGAAGGGUAAUUGGGGUUGUCAGUUUCCAAAUACUAAAAUUUCAUCGGAAUUUCACAAAGAAAUACACACAGUUACAUUGUGAACUCUAAAAUAAUGUUUGCAAAAAUUCUGCAUUUUCUGAUUCUGUGAAAGAUCAUUAAAAUCGAAGAAUAAUUGGGGUUGUCCGUUUCCAAAUACUAAAAUUUCACAAAGAAAUACACUCAGUUUCAUUGUGAAUCACAAAACAUUGCUUGUGAAAAUUCUCUAAUACUCUUCCAUAUUUUGCAAAUACUCUACAUCUGGUGUAAUCAAUUGUAAUUCAGUUUGUCAAUUUCCAAAUACCAAAAGCUCAAAAAAAUACACAAUAUUGUUCACAAAUAAAUUGCAACAGUAAGAACUGACUCUGUGUCUAGGGUUAUCAAUUGUAAUUGGGAUUGUGAGUUUCCAAAUACUAAGAUCACAUUUAAAUUUCACAAAAAAAUACUCUCAGUUACGUUGUGAAUCACAAAACAUUGCUUGUGAAAAUUCUCUAAUUACUCUUGCAUUUUUCACAAAUAAAGAAAUUGCAAUAGAAACGAACUACGUCUGGUGUUAUCAAUUAUAAUUCAAUUUGUCAAUUUCCAAAUUCCAAAACCUCAUUUCAGUUCCCCUCAAACAAAUAAAAAAAAUACACAAUAUUGUUCACAAAUAAAUUGCAAUAGUAAGGACUGACUCUGCGUCUAGGGUUGUCAAUUAUCAUUAGGUUUGUCAGUCUCCAAAUACUAGGAUCGUAUUUCAAUUUCACAAAAAAAUACAUUCAGUUACAUUGUGAAUCACAAAACAUUGCUUGUGAAAAUUCUCCAAUUACUAUUGUGUCUUUUGGAAAUAAAUUGCAAUAGAAAUGACUGACACUAUAAUCUGAAGUUAUCAGACUCCAAAUACUAAAAUUACAUUUCGAUGUCACAAAAAAUUACACAGUUACAUUGUGAACUCCAAAAUAUUGCUUGUGACAAUUCUCCAUUUUCUCGUUGAGUGAAAUAUUGUUAAUAUAAAAGUGUAAAUGGGGUUGCCAUUUUACAAAUACUAAUAUUUCAUUUCACUAUCACAAAGAAAUACACAAAGUUACAUUGUGGACCACAAAACAUUGUUUGUGAAAAUUCUACAUUGCCUAGCUCUGUGAAAGAUUGUUAAAAUUGAAGGGUAAUUGGGGUUGUCAGUUUCCAAAUACUAAAAUUUCAUCGGAAUUUCACAAAGAAAUACACACAGUUACAUUGUGAACUCUAAAAUAAUGUUUGCAAAAAUUCUGCAUUUUCUGAUUCUGUGAAAGAUCAUUAAAAUCGAAGAAUAAUUGGGGUUGUCCGUUUCCAAGUACUAAAAUUUCACAAAGAAAUACACUCAGUUUCAUUGUGAAUCACAAAACAUUGCUUGUGAAAAUUCUCUAAUUCUCUUCCAUAUUUUGCAAAUACUCUACAUCUGGUGUAAUCAAUUGUAAUUCAGUUUGUCAAUUUCCAAAUACCAAAAGCUCAAAAAAAUACACAAUAUUGUUCACAAAUAAAUUGCAACAGUAAGAACUGACUCUGUGUCUAGGAUUAUCAAUUGUAAUUGGGAUUGUGAGUUUCCAAAUACUAAGAUCACAUUUAAAUUUCACAAAAAAAUACUCUCAGUUACGUUGUGAAUCACAAAACAUUUCUUGUGAAAAUUCACCAAUUACUCUUGCAUUUUUCACGAAUAAAGAAAUUGCAAUAGAAAUGAACUGGUGUUAUCAAUUUUAAUUCAGGUUAUCAAUCUCCAAAUACCAAAAACUAAUUUUCCCCCCAAAAAAUAAAAAAACUACACAAUUUCAUUUUUCACCCUGCAACAUUGCCUCUAAAAACUUCCCCUAAAAACUAAAAAAAUACACAAUAUUUUUCACAAAUAAAUUGCAGUAGUAAAGACUAACUUCUAUGUCUGAGGUUGUCAGUUUCAAAAUACUAAAAUCACAUUUCAAUGUCACAAACAAAUACCCUGAAAUACCCUGCAAUACCUAACUCAACGUCUGUUGCAAUCAAUUGUAAUUCAAUUUGACAGUUUCCAAAUACCAAAAACUCAUUUCACUUCCUCUCAAAAAACUCAAAAAAAAUACACAAUUCUAUUUUUCACCCUGCAACACUGCCUCCAAAAAUCCUCCACUACCUAUCAGAUAUCCUCCAUUUGCUUUCCUCAAAACUUGCUUAAAAUCGACUCCCCAAUCACUGUAAUGAACUUGUAAAUACAUGGGGGGUUCCCAAAUCAGCCCCCAAUAUAUACACUCGCCACCCAACGACUCGCCCUCUCGAGGUGGAUUCCCGAGGUUGCCCAUCCCCGAUCGCGCAGCGACUGUCCGCAUUCUCUGUCACCGGCACGACUCUAGCUACGAGGCCAAAGCCGCGUCGAGCGGCCAGAGAGAGCACACACACACACCCACAGAGCGAGAGAGAGCGCCAGUGGGUGAGCACGACGCUGGUCUGGGUUCGCAGGAGGGCAGGUCGACGCUGCUAGUCUCUCAGUCGAACACCACGCGCGACCUCGAGCGGACCACGACACCGCUCGACCCGCGAUUCCCUGCGUCAGUGCAUCCUGGAUCGCGGUGCGUCGAUCCUGGAUCGUGGAUCCAUCCCUGCACGCUCGUGUCUCGUGUUUCUCGCGGGGGACGAUGAGAGUCCGGAAGUGUCAUGUGAGUUGUCGGUGCAUACUGAGGAGGAAGUCGCGGCUCCGUCCGUUUUGGUGAUGUGCGCGGGGUCAGGGGACUAGGAAAGGAUAGUAGAGCAAACCGGAUAACAGAUUCGAGAAGAAAUCCUGCAGGAAUCAGGAAUCAGGAAUCUAUUAUCCUCAGACAGUAAUUGCAGAGAUCACAGUGUCGGAGGUAACUCGAGAGGACGUGUGAUUGAAAUGUGAAUCUUCUGAGAAACCCUCGACUUACCGACGGUCGAUAAGGAAGGGCAAAAGGAUCUCGAAGGGUAAAGAAGACUCGUAAAAAUGGACGACGACGAUACCGACGAGAAACGAGAGUCGUUGACCUUGGUGAACACACUGUCUCGCAAGGAGAUCAAGACGAAAACCCUGGUGACCUCUCGAUUCACUUCUAGAACCUCCACGUUAACGUCUUUACGGCCCAACUCGACAGAGGACUCCGACACUAUGGAGGGCGCCUCAGAGAACGAAGCAGAGAACAUUCCCAAGGACGACGAGACGCCAGAGCCUCUGGUCACCGACGAAAAAGGCAACAGGAUCUCAGGUGGCGAUCGACACUCGUUGGACGUUCCCGAGGAGGCAGAGUCCCUGCUGCUGAGACGCCAGGUGAUGAAUGCCAGCCUCAAAGUGGAGGAGUCCAGACUAUCUGGGCCCUCUGGUGUUCGUAUCGGACUGUUGAACAAAACUGCUAGGUCGUCGUCCAGCGAGGAGGAGUACCAGCCAGAGGUGAAGAGCCUGUCCACCUUGCACAAGCAGCAACACCACCAGCAACAGCACCUCCUGACGACAGUGAGCGGUGGGCAAAUCACUGCCAGGUCCAUGGAGAGCCUGAGGACCUCGAAGAACUUCCUCAGCGCAGAGGAUCGCUACACAGACGACUCCAAGUCCCUGGAGUCACUGUCUCUAUCCUCUGAAUCUCACGUGACCGGGUCCAGAACCCACUACAGAAGCUUCCUGACCUCCUCCACGAAGGACGUGAGGAAGAUCGUGACCGUAGAGUCCAGAAGCAGCGAUAAUCUUCACAGAGAGGAGAGCCUGAACGCUGAGGUCAGACGCGGCUUGUUCGCCAACACAGGCUUGGAGAGGAAGAUCCCUCAACACCUGAGCCUACCACCGCCCACCAACGUGUUCUCGUUGACCAGCCCCGGUGGCAGCGAUCGAAAGAUCACUAUACUGAGCCCCCACUCGCCGUUACAGUCCACGGAGUUUCAGUUCGCGUGCCAGACGCUCAAGACCAGACGCAAGAAGGCUAUCGUUCUGCCGAGGUUGGUGUUGCCCAGAAGCGAUUCCGAGGUCUUUUUAGAUUUCGAUGUGGAAAAUGGCGCCUCGACACUGGACGCUGGCGCUGGCGGCGGCGGUGGCGCCUCACCGAGCGCUGGCCUCGUCCUCCAAACUCUGCCACAACGGAGAGAGAGCUUCCUCUACCGCAGCGACAGCGAUUUCGAGAUGUCGCCGAAAUCAAUGUCGCGCAACAGUUCGAUCGCCAGCGAAAGGUUCAAAGAGACCGAGCUUCCUGUUGAGCGAGCGAUAUUUACCGAUCAGUUUAGCCAUGGCGAGGAGCUCAUCGUCACGCCAUUCGCGCAGGUACUUGCAUCUCUGCGCUCGGUCAGGAACAACUUCGUGUCGCUCACAAAUGUACCGCCAAACAAAUCGCGAAGGAGUAGCGGCGCGCAGGGCAGCAGCACGCCACAGCCACGAAUAUUGGCACCAGGAGAGGAGCCGUAUCAGAAGCUGGCGGUGGAAACGAUGGAGGAGCUGGACUGGUGCUUAGAUCAGCUGGAAACCAUUCAGACGCAUCGAUCUGUGUCGGACAUGGCCUCCCUCAAGUUCAAACGUAUGCUCAACAAGGAACUCUCCCACUUCUCGGAGUCCUCAAAAUCUGGCAACCAGAUUUCAGAAUACAUCUGCAACACCUUCCUUGACAAGCAGGAGGAGUUGGACUUGCCGUCUUUGAGAAUUCAGGAUGGAGGUGCAACAACAGGCACCGCAGAUGCUCGGGCGGCCAAGAAGAAGGACCGCGCUGAGAGAGGCCCAGCCGCCAUGUCUCACAUAAGCGGUGUCAAACGACCACUCACGCACACAAACAGCUUCACAGGGGAGCGUGUACCACUCUAUGGCGUUGAGACAGCUCACGAAGAAGAACUUGGCAAGCUUCUGUCAGACAUCGACAAGUGGGGCAUCGAUAUCUUCAGGAUAGGCGAGCUGAGCGGCAACAGGCCAUUGACGUGCGUCGCCUACACAGUCUUCCAGAGGCGAGAUCUACUCAAAUCCUUGGGCAUACCGCCGAAGACCUUUGUGACCUUCAUGAUGACCCUCGAGGAUCAUUACGUCAAGGACAAUCCCUUCCACAAUAGCCUCCACGCAGCCGACGUGACCCAAUCCACCCACGCUCUGCUCAACACGCCCGCACUCGAGUCCGUGUUCACGCCAUUGGAAAUUACCGCAGCUCUAUUCGCGGCCACCAUUCACGACGUGGAUCAUCCUGGACUUACCAAUCAGUUCCUCAUCAAUUCGAGCUCCGAGCUCGCCCUGAUGUACAAUGACGAAUCCGUUUUGGAAAAUCACCACCUGGCAGUGGCGUUCAAGCUCCUCCAGAACGAGGGCUGCGACAUAUACGUCAGCAUAACGACGAAACAACGUCGAACCCUCCGCAAAAUGGUGAUCGACAUGGUCCUGUCGACGGACAUGUCCAAGCACAUGUCUCUGCUGGCGGACCUGAAGACCAUGGUGGAGACGAAGAAGGUGGCCGGGUCUGGUGUUCUCCUCCUGGACAACUACACGGACCGUAUCCAAGUUCUGGAGAACCUGGUGCACUGCGCCGACCUGUCCAACCCGACGAAACCGUUGCCGCUUUACCACCGGUGGGUCGGUCUGCUGAUGGAGGAGUUCUUCCUCCAAGGUGAUCGCGAACGCGAACUGAACAUGGACAUCAGCCCCAUGUGCGAUCGUCACAACGCAACGAUCGAGAAGUCGCAGGUCGGCUUCAUCGAUUACAUCGUUCAUCCUCUCUGGGAGACAUGGGCGGACCUGGUGCACCCGGACGCGCAGGAAAUUCUGGACACUCUCGAGGAUAACCGCAGCUCCUACUUGUCGAUGAUCCCUCCGUCGCCGCCGUCCGACGAUCAGCAACAACUUCAAGGACACGACCAGCAGUCUGACAGAAUACACUUCCAGGUGACACUGGAAGAGGGUGACGAGACUGGUGACGUGACAGAGACAGGGGACACGAGCGGAGCGGCCGAGACGACCCUGCCCAGCGAAGAAGGGGGCGGUGAGAUGGAUGAGAGCGCCGCGGAGGCUGGAAUGUGACGGAGGCUCGCGGGUAUUUGCAGGAAGCUCCACGAGAAGGUGCAGCAGACCUGGUGGCGCGUGCGUCAGUGACGUCUAGUUCACUGUCGCCAGCCGGGUCUCUUUGUGUCGACCUAUCGACCUUUGGCCAAGCUCCACUCCCUGGAACGGUGGAAGAAGCCGCCUACUUGGGAUGAAAGGCGGCGGGCAAGGAUACGAGGGGAACGUGUCUAGUCGCUCUGCCAGCUAGUUUCGUCGGAUCCGGAUAACGCAAAAGGGUAUUUGUUCCGAUGCGUCGAGGAACGAUAAGAACGAAGGAACGAAGGAAAACGGGGAGAAACAAUCGAAAGUGACACACACACACACAGGACGAGGAGGACAGCCUCUCGCACGUUUUUGUGAUCGUUUCCUCCUCGCUGACGCGGGUCUCAGGACGAGGAACGGUCCUCGAUCGCUGCACUUCGGCUGGCUCGAAGCGUACCGAGAGCGUCGAGUGUGAUAUCCUCGCUUCGCGAUGGAGAGGAGCAUCGUCGUCGUUACCAUUAUCGCCCCUUUUCUUUGCCCCGUUUGUCGUUCGAUCGCAUCCACCCACCCCCCUCCCUGAACCCACUGCGUGUAUCCGAGGCUCGAAGGAGGGGACGAAUCUCUUCACGAAGUACCUGGUGUACGAGACGGACAGAUCACGAGGACUGAUUGUAUCAGGAGUAUUUUAAACACGAGACUCGAGGGAUGCAAGGGAAUCUCAAUUCGCAGCGACAGGAUCCUUACUGACAUAUCAAUUGCAUGGUACAAGCUGCGCGGCCGGUGCCGCCAUCUUCUGUGCAGCCAGCUGAACCCCUCGUCGAGCAAGCGGAAGCACUCGAAUCUCGUUAGUCGAAUUAUUGGAUCGCUCGAUGCGGGUCAAAGCGUUUCCUCGAUGGAAACGCUGUCGAGGAGGGCCCAACCACGGACCAGAAAGUACGAAGUAGGCCAAAAAUUGUAAUAAACAAGUACAAAGAAUGAAUGGGAAUCGUGAUGAUGAACUCGAGGAGGGGAUAAUUCGUCAACUGAACAGAAGACUUUAGAGGAACAUUAGCAAUCGCGCUUCACGUUUAUCCUUGGUUCUCCGAUGAGUACCUCGACAACGAUCGUUAGAGGAACCAAGCAGCAUGCCUAACCGUAAGAUUUCAACCCGUGCUCGCUGACUAGUGCGUAGAGGAGGUCGUAAAACGGUGAAUCGGAGAUGGAGAGCCGGUAGUAGUUGUCGCCGCGAUUUUUAGAGACGCAGAGCUACGUGUCGGAACGUGGAACGAGCGAACGGACGAUUAAUUUUAAUAUAGAACUUGCGCUAAAGGCUGGCCUUUCAUUUGGGUUCUUCAUAUUAAAAUUAUCGUGCAGCGAUGUUCUUCUCGCGACGUUCACACACACACACACAACACACACGCACACGCUUCACACGAGGACACCGACGAUUUAAUUUUUAACCAAAGAGUAAUGUUAAUCACCGUGGAUGAAGAAAGACACGAUUCUUCGAAAGAAAAGAGAGAGAAGAAAAAAAACGAAACACACAUUUCCGCGCGAGUAAUCAUCGCACGUUUUGGCUUCUAGCGAUGGUAGAUGUAGGGGAUCGUAAUCCGUGAACAAAGUGAAAAUUAAUUAGGUAGGACAUUGCAGCUCGAUGUGUUACUAAAAUAAAUAAAUAAUAACGAUA